GCUGCUUCCGCCCCCAUUCCAGAGCUCAACCUCGACCUCGCCUCCCCCGAAGACCAAUAUUAGCCGCCUCCGCUACCGAGCUCUCAAAUCCGCGCGCGCUUUCAUCCGAUCUCGCCCUACCACCCCCAUAAUUCCAGCGCUUGUUAGAGAAAGCUUGAUACUCCACCUGCUCCAGGCUGUGAGACGUUGGGUGGCACAGUUCUUAGCACCGUACAGGAACACGUUAUAUAGUCGGUGGCUGUGUGAGACAGCUCCCGAGGGGGAAUUUUUCUUUUCUUUUCCUCUUUCGCCAGCUUAUAUCGGUUUGACGGCUGCACCGUCCCUUUGAUUCGACUGCUUCCUCUGGUCAGCCGUGUGCUUUCGCCAAGGAGUUUCCCGCUCCUUUGUGUCCUGUCGAAUUCGUCACCCUUCGUUGUCAUUAUGUCGACCGCGGUUGCGCCUGCCCAGGCUGCUCCGCUCACGUCUCCGCGUAUGACCCGCGAUAUCAGUCCGAAAAAUUGCCCAACACUGGCGCCUGCAUCUUCAGGUAACCAGACGAGUACCACGCCGCCGCGCCCAUCCGGUGUCUCUCGGGAUGUGUCGUCGGCCAAAAGCUCGCCUGCAGGAAAGAAACCGACCUCCCCUUCAUCACAGGCCGGAUCCACUGCGAGUCGAGUUAUCGUGAAAAAGGAACCUCCGUCCUCCCCGGCAAUGCAGUCUCAUACUAGACCUCGCCCUCGCAGAUUAGACCUUUCCAGUAGCCUUCCGACUUCGGGGGGCUUGUCCGCCCGGCCUCCUGGCGGCCCUAUGACUGCGAGAGAGGGUGUCAACAUGCAAGAGGUCGGGAUCGCUUGUCUGUCCCCGGGUUUUCAAACACAUGACCCUGUGAUGAGGGAGCAGCUGCAGCGGAGCUUAUCGGUUCGGGAUCAGCAGCGCUCAAUAAUCGAAUCGCGUUUACAGAAGUCCGCCAAGGAUGACGGGCCCGAUGGAAUCAAGCCAUCUGAAUCAUUCGGCCUUCCCCGGGUCGGUGCAUCGAAGAGAAGACCCCCGCCUGGCCUCUCCAUCGUGCCUCCUUCCGCAGCCCAAUUUGCCAGUGAACGUGUCAUCCAAUCUGCGCCAUUGAAUCAGACCUUCACGGGCCGAAACGAAGCGCAGCCCUUAACCCGUCAUGUUGUUAACCAAAGCCCAACUUUGGGGUCCACAUCUCACAUCCAUCACCUUCCUGCUACGCAAACAACCAACCGCUUGCCCCCGCUGUCUGACGUCUUUGGAAAUGAGGCGUUGGGCCGCGAUCGCGAGGCAAACCGGGGACUAUAUUACCCCAGCGCGACAGCUGCCAACCCGCCUCAAUCGAACAAUCUUCCCCCAAUUCCCUCCCCUCGCAUCUCCCGGGAUGCCGCUCAACCGCCCAAGCGCCCCAGGGAGUACCGUUCCGCCGAGGAAGCUGUCCAGGAAUUGUCAGGUGGGCGCGAGGAGCUUCUGCCGCGCAUUGUACAUUACGGCGUCUGGAGUGCCUCACUCGGAUGCUACGCCCAUGACGAACGCGCACCCCCCGCAGCCGUCAUUGUACCCAUCCGAGGGUACUGCUCGGCGCCGCUCGAGAAACGAGUACGAACAUGAGCACGGCAGCCCGCCCUUGGGCCACGGCCCCGACCCACAUUAUCGCCCUAACCCAGCCUUGGCCUCUGGUGCAAGUGCCACCUAUGGCCCAUUUGGGGCUGGGAGAGACUCGCCCGAGACCCAGCGCAGAAAGAAGGAAGAAUUCCUUAGUCUCUGCGCACGUGCCUGGGACUUAUUCCAUUCUUAAUCCAUGACCAAUUGCUUAGGGUCUCCCUACGCAAUUUGAUUUGGCCCGUCGCUAUGAAUGCACUCUCAAAUACCGCCAAUCUUCCCUCAUGCGCUGU